UGAGAGAGUCUCAGUUCCGUGCUAGACACCGGGAAGCCAACACCGUACUUAUUUAUUCCUCAUUUCCUCUAUCCUGUGAUUAAUCGUCUAGCGUUAAGUGUUUAAAGUGGUCGUGAUUUUAAAGUGUAAAUGUAAAACGUGGAGGUGUGUAGGUGUUGUGGGUGUGUGCCAGUGUCAGCCACGGCAAGUGUGAGGCCCAAGAAGUAGUGUAUGUUUUCUUCGUGACAAGGUGCGGCACUAUCCCACCUAGUUAAGCCACCCAGUCAGCGUCAACCAGCCAGUCAGCCAACCUUUCAUUCCUAAUAACCGCACAGACACUUGGCCAAGGAAACCGUGCCUUGACCAUGGUGUGACCAACAAGAGUUAGCACUUUGACUUAACAUUGACUCACAAACAAGGGUGUGGGUGAGUCAGGAGAUGUGCGGUGGCGGCUGAAGGAAGGGAAGGAGAGAGGUAAGGGGAUAUGUGAAGGAAGAUUUGCUAGAGAGCGAAAAGACAAGGAGAAGAAAGCAAGAGAAAGUAGAGACUCAAGCUUCAGUGGUUUUGGAAAAGAGUGGGAGAGACAAAGAUGGAACACGACUGGGAGGAGAUACCACUACGACCGCAGAGACAGGUGAUGCCCACAGCACACGGCAGCCAAGAGGUACUGGACUGGAAGGACGUGUGGUACCUCCUGGAGGAAGGGCGGGGCAGGAUCGAUCUCGACUUUUUCGAGGAACGGAUCCCCAGGACGCCCAACAACGCCCAGGCCAUCCCACAAGCGCUGAAGCUACUGCAGGAGGCCGACGUCCGGGGCAAUGGCUACGUCGAGUACAACGAAUUCAGACACUUCUACGACACAGUGUUGCCAGUUAACUCGUGGGAGAGAGGCGUCCUGAUGCGGGUGGCCUUAGACGUGCUGGACAGGGAACCUUCGCCCGAGGAGGAGGGCCUGUUCAGCGUAUGGAUGACACUAGUAGACUAUGUACACAACAACCCGGCGCCGAUAGACUUCAACUGGCAAUGGAUUUUACCUCAAGACUACAACCGAUCCCGUCUACCUCACUUCGUAUUCUACAGGAGCGAACUUGUACACCCCAGGAGGAUGAGCGAGUGGUUGCUGACUACAGAGGCUGCGGACACGCUGCCCAACUUGGCGGUGAUCAGGAUGCUCGAGAAGUGUCAAGGCGCUCUCAUGAAGGAGAUCGACUCGAACAGAGAUGGCUAUGUCGAGUAUGAGGAGUUCCUUCGCUUCGUGAGGGUGAAGAGUGCAGCGAACCGCGGGAGCACAAUUUUGCGUCGCGGGGCCCUGGGAGUGUUGCCUCGUGGGGAGAGGACAUUAGAGAAGCGCAGGUACAUCGAGGAGUACUCGUGCUGCCCACCGCCACUCUUCAUGAUACUAAUCACUCUCGCUGAGAUCAUCACGUUCAUCUUCUACGUGGUGGACAUGGACCUGCCCAUAAUUGGUAAUGGGCCGUGUCCCAUCUACUCCCCAUUAGUGUACAAUCCCAGUCGACGCUACGAGGCCUGGCGGUAUUUGCUCUACGCGCUAAUACAUUCUGGAUGGGUGCACUUGGUGAACAACCUGGUGGUACAGGUGGUGCUCGGAGUCCUGCUAGAGCUGGUGCACACCUGGCGGGUCGUCAUCAUCUACCUGGGCGGGGUGCUGGCUGGGUCACUCGCCCACUCUCUAUACACGCCCACAUUCUACCUGGCAGGAGCGUCCGGGGGCGUGUAUGCAAUUGAGUACGCCCAUCUCGGCAACCUGCUUAUGAACUGGUCAGAGAUGGAGGUUCCUUGGGUACAACUAAUAGUGAUCUUGAUGAUAAUGUCCCUUGAUCUUGGGUAUGCCGUCUGGGAUACUUAUACCAACCCCGGGACCACGACCGGUCAUAUGGCUCACUUGGCUGGAGCCAUGGCCGGCCUCCUCGUCGGAGUGGUUGUCCUCAGGAACCUAAGAAAAGAGAAGUGGGAGCGUUACUGCUGGUGGACGUCUCUCUGUCUGUUCCUCACGUUGGUCACUACUGUCAUCAUCCUUAACGCAGUCUUACCCAUGCCGGAGUUCUUCCCCCCCAACGACUGGUCCUCUAUCGCCCAGAACAGGGAGGACUGGAUGAAGGAUCACAGACGCUGAUAGGGAAGGAUUUUUUUUCUUACGUGUUUACUCCAUCUUCAUUCUUGUUCUUGUCAUUCUCUUGCCUCUCUCUCUCU